ACACAAGCAGCGGCCACAUCCACUGUAGACAAAUCCGUGUUCAGUGACGUGUUUUGUACUAGCCUUUUUUUUAAUAUAUACACACACGCUGAACCAUUUUCCAUCUCAGACUUAAAUUUAACCGGGACCUGAGACUUCACUCUUUUUUUUUCUUUUUGCUCCUAAAUUCAUGAUUUUUAAUCACCCCUUUCGAGUUAAUUAUUUAUUUUGUUGCCUCGAUAGACCCGUUAUUUAGCGCCGUCCACCUCCUCUCUCCUGUUCCCUCCAUCCCCUUCUCUCUCUGGGAGUGCAACGCGCUGCGAAGCUCUGAAAUUUAAAAAAGAGAGAGAGAGAGAGAGAGCCUGCAGCAGCAGAGCAGUGACCAUGAACUUCUAUCUGCAAGUUUCCUGCUAACAGCAGACGAGCAGAGGGCGGGACAACCGUCCACAACUUCCACCAGCACCAACUUUCCAGUGAGUCGAAAAGAAAGAGAGAGAAAGAGACAGAGGCAAGAGAGAGGACAAGAGCAAGAAGGAGAGAGGAGAGCGGGUGAACACAGUCGAUGGAUGCUGUCCGGAUCGAGGGGACAGCACGUUCUUCACUGACGAGGAAAAGAAAGAUUUCAAAAUUGAGUCGAAGGAUAGAAACUCGCCGUCAGGCAUGGUGUGUGAGAAGGGGAUCCAGAUCCUUCUCACCACCGUGGGGGCAUUCGCUGCCUUCGGCCUGAUGACGGUGGCAAUAGGCACGGACUACUGGCUGUACUCCCGUGCCCUCAUCUGCAACAGCACAGCCAACGUGACCCAGGAUGACCCUCAUAAUAAGGACAAGAAGGACCCUGGUGCUCUCACCCACUCCGGUCUAUGGAGAAUAUGCUGCUUGGAAGGAGUGAAGAGAGGAGUGUGCUCUCAGAUUAACCACUUCCCAGAGGAUGCAGACUUUGACCAUGAUGGGGCAGAGUACGUCCUACGGGUAGUCAGGGCUUCCAACAUCUUCCCCAUCCUUAGUGCCAUCCUUCUGUUGAUGGGAGGAGUUUGCAUUGCUGCUAGUCGUUUCUAUAAAAGCAAAAGGAACAUUAUCCUGGGGGCAGGGAUCCUCUUCGUGGCUGCAGGUCUGAGCAACAUAAUUGGUGUGAUUGUCUACAUCUCGGCUGCGCUGGGGGACAUUUCUCCGAAGAAGGAUGAGGAUAAGAAAUGGCAGUACUCCUAUGGUUGGUCCUUUUACUUUGGAGGCCUUUCCUUCAUUAUGGCUGAAAUGGUGGGGGUGCUGGCUGUCAACAUCUACAUCGAGAAGAACAAGGAGCUCCGCUGCCGUUCUCGCACCGACAUUUUCAAAAGUACCACGCACGCCAUGCUCCGCCUGCCCAGCUAUCGCUUCCGGCGCCGCUCUCGCUCCUCAUCCCGUUCGACCGACCCUUCCCGCUCACGAGACCCCUCGCCUGUGGGGGGAGGUGGAGGAAAGAACUUCGGGCUGCCCCCCUCUGCACUACUUUCCCAGGGCCCCAUUUCAGUGUCCACUCUACCCAACCCGCACUCUCGCUCCCACACAGCCCUGGCUGGAGGAGACAUCUCCCUGUACACGUUGUCCCGUGACCCCAAGCUGGGAGGGUUGCCACCCAUGUAUGGAACGGUGGACAGGGCCACGCUCUACCAGCUCCACAACUGCUUUCCAAAGGAUGGAGGCGUAGGGGGAGGGGGGGUGAUGAUGAGCGGCACUCUCCCAUCACUCAAGUCCCACAACCCUUCCAAUUCUUCCAACUCCAAUCCACCAAUUCCCAACUCUGUGGGCUCUGGCCCUCCGCCCUUCACCUCAUCCACAGUCGACAGGGAGCGAGGGAUGGGGACUCUGGACAGGCUGAAGGGAGACAGGGAGAGCAACUCUAACACCCUCAAUAGAAAAACAACACCUGUGUAGAGGAAGGGUAUUAGAGGGGGAGGUGAGGAGGGAGGAGGAUGGAUAGUAAAGAAAGAGGGAAGCCAGAAAGGAGCACUGCAGGCUCAACAGGAGGUAGAAACACAGGCAGACAGGUAAAACGCUACAUCUCUCCCUCCAUGUUCACUGUUAUUUGGUCUACUCAAUCUCACUGAGAAUAAAAAGAAGAGUAAUAACAGAGCGAUAAUAACAACAACAAUGAACUUUCACAAUAAAACUAUUUUGAUAUUUUAAUGUGCUAGAAAUGAUUUAUUUUGUUAAUGAUCAAACGCAAUUAACCUUGGGCUAUUAUGAAAAUGUUUCACAUAAUUUUUGUGCAAUAUUACCGCUAAUUUAACCAGGCCAUCAUUGAUGUAAAAUUGUUGUUGUGAUUAUUCUUAGAGUUAUUACAGGCUAGCUGUAUGUGCAAACACUAUAAUUUAGAAUGAAAUUUUAAUUUUCACAUUUUUUUUUCCUUUGUGACUUUUACUGUGAAUCUCUUCCAUGCAGAGCCACUGGGACUAACAGUGAGCUGUAAUAUGUCAGUGUCCAGCAUGAGUGUGCACAAUAACGUGGGAGAAUGAGAGCCUGUAUAAUUUUUUUUUAACCCAAAUGUUAUAUGAUUUUCAUUUAUAUGAUGAAGUCAGAUGUGAAUACUGUAAAUUGUCUUCCAAUAUUGAUACCGAAAGAAAUGCAACAAUAAUGUGAGUGACUGCGACAGCUCACCAACUUCAUUGUUAUUAUGAGUCUGAGUUUUCUAUGGGCCUCUGUUAGUCUUAUUUCCAUUCUAAUCAGUGUGAACAGUAGUAAUUGUAGCUCUAGUCGUGUUGAAGAUGUUUGUUCUUGGGCAUUAACAGAACCUCUGCUCAGACGUAGCAGGAAAAAAAAGAGACAUAGACAUAGAGACAUUUGUACAGAAUCAGGUGAAGGUUGCUGCCUGAGGAGAAAAACAAAACAAAAAAAGCAGAUUUUUUUCUAUGAAAAGUCCCAAAGUGACACAUGCAAAUCAUCAUUUUCAGUGGCAAAAAAGAAAAACACUCUGUAUAUGUGGGUUAAAGGGUUUAAAAAAGAUACCUGUACAUUGUAAUUAUGCAUACAUAUAUUUGUAACGUCUAUAGACAUGUUUCUCGGGACCACUGUUCAAAAUGGGUAUGCAUUUUGGAACGAGCCGGUUUGGCUUAAGUGUUUUGCUCCCAGUGCCGUCCCUGGACUCUUGUCGGGUGGUUUCAACCGCCAACCCUGGCCCGCCAUAUCUGCCCAUUUACGGCCACACGAUCAGUGUUUUCCCUACUUUAUCACCAAUGGCGGCUUCACCACAGACAACCCCUUAAGCUCCCCAAAGAUUCCUUUCACUGUGCUUCCCCAGUAACUCCUGAGUCUGAACUCUGCGCUGUUUAUGUUGAUGAGAAUGUAGACACAUGUAACACCCAGCCAUCCCACCCUCUUCCAAACUGUCCCGAGUGACUGCAGAUCUAGGUGGAAACUGUGGAUUCACCUGCUACGUGGUAUAAUGAAGAAACAAAAACAAUGACCAGAUGCUUCCAGAUUAUUUUCAUUUCUUUGAUUUCAUUUCAGAAAAAGAAAAAAAUGUGAUUAAAAAUGCACACAGAUAGCAUUUAUGUGGGCAAUAUGAAUAGUAUGUAGUUGAGAAUAGAUAUAUCUAGAUAAAUGAUUAUGGUUUAUCUAAAUGUGUGAUAAACUUAAAACACUGUAUUGCACGAAGUUUAUAAAAAAAACAAUAACAGAAAUAUUUACAGAGUGCU